GCGACGGUUGGGUUCUCACGUGUUUUCGGAGACGUUUGCCAGGAGACAAUCCGCAGAUCCACCCGGUAGGAUCGUGAAAGCUGUUUGCGGCUCGAAGACGUCCUUGGUUCCAACAGCCAAGAUGCUACAGCGCUGGUCGUACCCCUGUCUGCUAGCGCUGGCUGUGACCCUCUGCUACCAGAACGCCCUGCACUGUGACCUGGUGUUUGAUGACGUCAGAGCGAUUCACGGCAACCGCGACCUGCGUCCCGACACGCCCGUCUCCAGUCUGCUGAGCAACGACUUCUGGGGAACACCCAUGGAAAAGGAUCAUUCGCACAAGUCGUACCGGCCUCUCUGCGUUCUCACCUUUCGCUGGAACUACUUCUUCCACCAGCUCAGCCCUAUGGGCUACCAUCUCGUCAACGUUAUUCUUCAUGGUGUCGUAUGCUUCCUCUACUUCAGGCUGUGCAAUCUGUUCGUAUCGAAGAAGUGCAGCUUUUUGGCUGCCAUGAUGUUUGCUGUCCAUCCUGUCCAUACUGAGGCGGUGACAGGAGUGGUGGGCCGAGCAGAGCUGCUCUCAGCGCUCUUCUUCACCUCUGCAUUCCUGGCCUACACAAGGUCCGUCCGAACAAGAACAACGACAGACUGGCGGUGGAUGUUUGUCACCAUGGUGUGCGUCACUGCGUCUCUUCUCAGCAAGGAGCAGGGCAUCACCAUCGUGGGAGUCUGUGUUACCUAUGAGCUGUUUGUUGUGCAGAAGCUGCGGCGGUCGGAGCUGCAGUACCUGCUCAGGUCACUGGUCAGUGGGAAGGUCCCUCCUCCCGGCUGGCUGAUGGAGUCGGCACCGCGGCUGACCGCACUGACCGUCACCGGACUCAGUCUGUUACUGGCCAGAGUCAGAGUCAUGGGUGCCAGACUGCCCGUGUUCAACAGGUUCGACAACCCAGCAGCAGCUGCCGGCUGGCCGACGCGCCAGCUGACCCACAGCUACCUAACAGCGGUGAACAGCGGCCUGCUGUUGGCACCGGACCCGCUCUGUUGCGACUGGACCAUGGGCACCGUGCCGCUGGUGACAUCUAUCGGCGACCGGCGUAACUUCAGUCCGCUGGCGGUGGCCGCAGCACUCUGCCUCUUGCUGCGGCGAGCAGUCGGUGAUUACGAUCGACACUCGUCUGUCAUACUCAUGGGCUUGUCGCUGCUGGUGAUUCCGUUCGUGCCCGCCUCCAAUCUGUUCUUCCCGGUGGGGUUCGUCGUGGCCGAGCGGGUGCUCUACAUACCCUCCAUGGGAUUUUGCCUACUCGUGGCCGCCGGAUUCCACAAAAUGACUCGAUACAGACGGUAUUCCACCCUCCUCCGCGCCUGUAUCUGUCUGCUGCUGGUGUGCCACGGCCUCAAGACGUGUCGGAGGAACCAGGACUGGCGGGACGAGCUCUCCCUCUUCACCGCCGGAUUGCGCGUCAACAGGAACAACGCCAAGCUGUACAACAACGUGGGCCACGUGCUCGAGAACCGGUCCCAGCUGCGGGAGGCGCUGGCGUUCUUCCAGCAGGCAGCCAGGGUACAACCGGAUGACAUAGGAGCACACAUCAACAUCGGGAGAGCGUUCAACAGCCUCAAGAUGUACCCGGAAGCUGAACAUGCUUACCUCAACGCGCGGUCCCUGCUGCCGCGGCGCCGGCCCGGAGCGGGGGCGCACCAGUCGAGGGUGCCGCCCCACCACCUGACCGUACUGUUCAGCCUGGCCAACCUGGUGUCCCGCGACCCGGCGCGACUGGAGGAGGCCGACGCCUUCUACCGUCAGGCCAUCAGCAUGCGAGCCGACUACACACAGGCGUACAUAAACCGUGGUGACGUGCUGGUGCGUCUGAACCGGACCCGAGAGGCGCAGCGCACCUACGAGACGGCGCUCUUCUACGACAGCGACAACCCGGACAUCUACUAUAACCUGGGUAUCGUGUACCUGGAGCAGGGCCGCCUGGCGCAGGCGCUGGCCCACCUGGACCGGGCGCUGGAGUUGGCCCCCGACCACCAGCAGGCGCUGCUCAACUCGGCCACCAUAAUCCAGGAGUCUGGCGCGGCGCGACUACGGCCGACGGCACGGCUGCGGCUCCGGCGGCUGCUGCAGCUCUCGCCGGCCGUGGUGGGAGCCGAGAGGGUCCACUUCAACCUGGGCAUGCUAGCCAUGGACGAGCGCGACCUGCCCGCCGCCGAGACCCACUUCAGGAAGGCUGUGGAGCUCAGGCCGGACUUUGACAGCGCCCUGUUCAACCUGGCCCUGCUGCUGAGCGACUCGGGCCGGCCUCUGGAGGCAGCUCCGUUCCUCCAUCAGCUGAUACAGUACCAGCCCGAUCACAUCAAGGGCCUCAUCCUGCUCGGAGACAUCUACGUCAGCGGAACGAAGGACCUGGACGCCGCAGAACGGUGUUACGAGCACAUUCUGCGUCUGGACCCUGACCACGUACAGGGUCUGCAUAACCUGUGUGUGGUGUACGUGGAGCGAGCGGAGCUGGCCAGGGCCGAGCAGUGUCUGCUGCGAGCGGUUCACUUAGCGCCCCACGAGGAGUACAUUCAGAGACACCUGCGGAUCGUGCGGGAGCAGCGGCGGACGGCGGACGCCCAGGAGGCGCUGCCGUGCCACGGUGGCGCCGGCGCUACCCCGAGCGGCCGCGCCGCCGGCAGCUGAGGGGUUUGGGCUUACCCCACAAAUAGACAAGUGGAAAUAGCCUCUUUCGACAGGAAUCUCAGGAACGCCAACAUACAAGAGCUAAUUCGACUAGUCGAAGCAAGUCAUUACAACUGAGACUCGGCACUGCAUUUCUGGACAACUGUGAAACAGACAUCAGUAGUGCCAACCUUCGAACGGGUAUCAGUGAACGCAUGCCAAUAUUGGGCAACACCCCGUCUCACCCGACGACCAAGUCAUAUCGGCGCUCCCUAACGGCCGGCGCUAUCAUAAAUAAUUGAACUUCCACUUUGUAAGAUGACCAGUGAACAUGCUUUUCGUGCGAGAGAAGUGGUGCGCUUUUUGAAUUGUGCAUUGUAUCGUGCGGUGUCUUCAACGGAGCGGUGUAUCACGAAUGACUUGCAUAAUGGUGGUAAUGCUGUUUAUUCGUUCCAACGGCUACUAUGUGUAAUGUCAAAUGUGUAUGGUUAAGUACGCGACAAGUGACAACGAAGUAUGAGAGCAACGCAACGUUAUUCAAGGCCAUUAGUGGUUCAGUGGAUGGUUGUUUACCUUUAUUGAGUUGAACUCGAAAAAGGACGUCUCAUCGUUAUCAAGAGUUUGUCAUUGAACUGAACUCUGUUACCAAUCACAAGUGUCCGUCGUAAAGGCACUCAGCUCUCACUGCAGCAGUGCAAAUAUCCUUCCCGUUCGAGGGGACUGGCAUCUUCUUCAAGGCUCGAUCUCAAAGAGGCGAAUGGUCGACGUAUAUGUAGAAGCGUUUUUCAGUUUCGACUCUGAAUAGGAAGCGUUGCUGGAAGUUGGAACAAAGGCCGUGCCGUGCGAGCGACAUUGUCUGUGAUACAUUUAAUAUACAUAAUGUGCCGUUAAGUGUUCA